UUCAUUUCAUCUACUUACCUAGGCUUUCAUUCCUUGUUGAAAUGACCAGAAAGAAAGUAAAGUUAGCGUACAUAGAAAAUAAGUCUUCUAGGAGAGCGACAUACAAAAAAAGAGUGAAAAUUGUCGUAAAAAAGACUCGAGAAUUAAGUGUCCUUUGUGGCAUAGAUACUUGUACUAUCGUCUAUGGCCCAGAUGAACAAGCUCCUGUGGUAUGGCCUCCGUGCGAGGUAGAAGCAAAAAGGAUUAUCUCUAACUUUAGGAUAAAGUCAGAGGUAGAUAUGUCUGAAAGAAGCUUAAACCAACAAACUUUCUUGAAAGAAAGUGUUAACAAGGCACAAGAGAAGUUAUUCAAACUUCAACAGAGGAAACGUGAGAUACAAAUUGAGAAUUUGGCGACUGAUAUCAUGAGUGGGAGAUUAACACUCGAACAAAGCAACCCUUUCGAUUUGAGGGAUUUGAUUUUGGUGAUUGAGAAUAGAAUGAGGGCUAUGCAACAACGUAUUAGAAUCAUUGAAGAUGGUUAUAUUAAUAAUAAUCAAACCAUCUUGCCAAAUGUAACAACAAAUCUACACAUUUGACAGGCGUGUGCGUCAUCAAGUGGAGCGAUCUCAUGUCUAUCAAUUGCACGCAUGUGUGUUCAAUUGGUCGUGGAGAACGGAGCAAGUUCAGCGUCGAAUCCUUUGGAGUCUCAUUUGAUUUAAUUUUAUUUAUAUUUUAUUUUAUUAAUUUUUAAUUAUUUUCUUUCUCUUGUAGACUAAUCCUAUGUCAAAAUAACAAGUCUACACAUUUUUUUACUAUUGAAAAUCAAUUCUUAUUAUUUGUUAUUGUUUUUUCUUCAAUUAUUGUAAA